AUGUCCAUCUUCGCCUAUUCACCGCCAUUGCCACCAUUUCUGUUCUCUGCGCUUGUCGUAAGUGGACUCGCCUCGAAGGCUUUACACAUUGCGUUACACAUUCGCUCGUUACCGUUCCUCUAUUUCGUUCUCUACUCGCCAACUCUCAUUUUACCAGAUGUGCUGGUCAUAAUAUGUGUGCGGUUAUUGUUGCGCUUCCACGCACCGGAAGGCCGCUGGCAAUGGUUAUCCACCGCCGUAGGUGGGGGUCUAUCCCUAAUAACAUGGGGUGCCUCGUCGAUUCAGUUCGGAUUCUUCCUACAAACCGGUGCCGAGGUGGCCUGGGCAGCUGGUGGGAGCUUCCUCAGCGACCCAGCCGCCAUGAAGAUCCUACUUAGUGGUAUCUCGACUGUGUCUGCUGCAGCAACGGUCCUCGGACUAGUGGCGUGGUUGAUUCACUCGCACGUGUACAACCUCACCGGCCUCGGGUUGCAGGCAAUCCGAGACCUGUGUAUGGGAGGAUACAAAGCACGGUAUACAUUGAUUGCCCCUAGCAAGUCGUGCAUGGCCUCGUUUGACCUCCGAUCACUCCGUCGCAUCAUUCCCGCCGUCGCCAUCUGUGUGUCGCUCAUUUUCUUGGAAGUCACUCGCCCAGAGAUCCCGUACGACCAUCUCUCCGGUGCUCUCCCACUGACACUGCUCGAGGCGUUCACGAAGAAGUCCGCAACGGUCGAAGGUUGUCGUGAACCCGCGGUGCCUUUCCCUCUGAUGACUGUGGAUGCCAGCGGGAAUUCUCACCCUCUAUACCAGCCCGAUUCGUUUGUGGAACAAUGGUCACGGGCUUCUUGGCUUCCCGAAAACCCACCCAAGGGAUUUAGUCGAUGGGAUAUGAGUCCCCACGACCGCGCAGUGAAGGAUAACUCUUACUCUUAUGUUUGUGGUGGUGCUGAAGGCGGAUUCUAUAACCCCAAGAAUGACCCCAUCAAGGUUAGGAACUUGGGCGGCGAAAUCUAUGAACCCUUGAAGAAGGCUUUCAAGGAACACUCAGUUCAGGUUAACCAUGUGGUACUAUUAACUCUUGAAAGUGGCCGAAAGGAGAUGUUCCCUACACAGCAGGGCACUCCGUUCUUUGAUAACCUUCUUGCCUCUCAUAAAAAGAAGGAUGUGGAGGAGGCGAUUGACCGUCUGGUGACGAUGACUCCCGUCGCCCAACAGUUGACUGGCGAAUACGCAACCGACAGUAAGGGAAACCGCGCCAAUCUGACAGAUUCGCCAUGGAAGACACCAACAGAAGAAGGAAUGGGCGGCCUCAACGUUCGCGGGGCUAUGACAGGCAGCUCGUUGACUUUCAAGAGUAUUCUAGGAAGCCAUUGCGGUGUCAACCCGUUGCCAGUGGAUCUUUUGGAGGAGGCAGCGCUAGAAAUCUAUCAGCCAUGCUUGCCGCAAAUUUUUGAAUUGUUCAAUGAAGGCAAAUUGACACCGGAUACCAAGGAUAACUCCAAGUCAGAGGCUUUGAAGAACCCGUGGAAGCCUGUCUUCAUGCAGUCUAUUACCGACGAUUACGACCGCCAGGAUGUCCUCAACGAAAACAUGGGCUUCAAGCACAAGGUCGUCAAGAGCACCCUGGAAUCCUCUCACGCAAAGUACCACGCCUCUGGCAAGGAAAUUAACUACUUCGGAUAUGCCGAGACUGAACUUCGACCCUAUGUGUGGGAUCUCUUCGAGGAGGCUGCAAACAACAAGACCCGCAUGUUCCUUUCUCACGUCACCAGUACAACACAUCACCCUUGGAGCACGCCCGACGAUUUCAUGAAACAAUCGUACAUGGGUGAGCAAGGAAGCAUCAACCACGAUCUGAUGAACAACUACCUGAACGCCGCACGAUUCGUUGAUAUCUGGUUGGGCGACAUUAUGAACAUGCUCGACCGGACCGGCAUCGCCAACGAGACUCUGGUAGUCGUCGUUGGAGACCAUGGCCAAGCUUUCGGCGAGGACAACAAGGACAUGACCGGAACCUAUGAAAACGGUCAUAUCAGCAACUUCCGCGUGCCUCUUGUCUUCCACCACCCGCAAAUGCCACGAGUGGACAUUACCGCCAACGCAACCGCCCUCACCAUUGUUCCCACCAUCCUGGACCUCCUCGUCCAGUCCAACUCCCUGGAUGAGCGCGACUCCGAAAUCGCCUCUGCGCUCCUCCCCGAGUACCAGGGCCAGUCUUUGCUCCGUCCUUUCCUCGCAUCUAUUAAGGAGCCAUCCCACAAGGGUCAUGGUGACCAUCAUCGUCGACCCCCACCCCCACCCUCACCGAAAACCGAGCCCGAGCCCGAACCGUCCCAGUUCGAGGCCCGGUCUCAUCCUGAUAGCCCUGCCAAGCGAUCUGUCUGGAACAUGGGCCUUAUCAAUGCCGGUGGCUCGAUGCUCUCCGUCACGACUGCCAGUGUUCCCUACCGUCUUAUCCUCCCUCUCAAAGAAGGCUUUGAAUACUCCUUUACCCACCUGGGCGAAGAUCCCAACGAGGAUCAUCCCAUCAAGGCCUGGACCCUCAAAACUCUCAUUGAAGAAGUCACCCCGAAACACGGCGAGGAGUCCGCUGCCUGGCUUUCGGAUGCCGAGCAAGUCGGAAAGUGGUGGGUCACUGAGCAGAAACGUAUCUGGGGAUACCGCGAGGCCUAA